UCCAGCUGGUGAAUGGGGGGUUGGAGAUUAUUUACAAGGCUGAUUAGCUGUAAGGAGAUUAAAGUGCAGGACAGUAAGUUACCGGCACCUGAAAACUCCUCUUCUCUGCUCAAACCGUCAGCAGCCGCCAGACGACAUGAGGUCGCAGCCAGACGAGCCGGUGGAGGGACGCGUCCUGAAGUCCUGAAGCCAUGAGACCUACAUCUAACCCACAGUCAACGUCCUAAAAUAACCCACUAAGCUCCUUACGACGCCGCGCAGAGUUGUCAGCGGCCUUCACCCAGAGGUCCACACUGACCCUGACCUCUGACCUCCGAGCCUCCCACACACCCUUGGACUGGAUGUGAGGACUGCACCUCGACGGGACAACAGAUCUCCUGGUCACCGACAGAACCAGUAGAACCUUUAAACUCCGCUCAUGUUGUGAUGCAUCUUUAUUUUCAUCAUCUUCAUCAUAUCAACACAUCACUCAAAUGUGACAGAUGAACAACCAACUUGUGUUUAUGGAAUGCUGGGAUGUUGACGUCUGAAAAAUACCUCUCCUGUCUCCACACACAGUCAGGUCGUAUAGAGAAAUGUUUGACACCAUUGAUUUCUUAUGCAGCACCUCGUGCUGGUAAGUGGAGCUGCACCUUAAGGAACUCAGCUUUUCACAAUGAUUGUGUGACGUGAUAAAAUAAAAGCAGAGGACCGACAUGGCGGUCGGUAAAGUGACCUUCACCAAGGUGGAGAGAGAGAAGCUAGCCGAGGUCCUCUGGCUGCUCAACUGGAUCUCUGUGGUGACGGGGGUCAUCCUCUUUGGCCUCGGCUUAUUCCUCAAAAUUGAGAUUCAGAAAUGGCAAGAAGUGAUGUCAGAGCAGGGGAUCCUCUACGUGCCACACAUGCUGAUCACCACAGGCCUGGCGGCCGGCUGCAUCAACUUCCUCGGGGGGAAGAUUUGCCUUGACUGCGCAGACACCAACAAGUUCCUGCGAUGGAAGCUGGUGAUGAUGCCGUACGUCAUCUGCACCUUCUUCUUCACCUCCUGCGUCCUGGCGGGGGCGCUCAUGUGCUACAGCAUUCGCGGUCAGCUGGAGGAGUCUCUGUUCCUAGGCUUAAGGAACGCCAUGCGGUACUAUAAGGACACGGACACGCCUGGCCGCUGCUACCUGAAGAGGACUCUGGACCUGCUGCAAAUCCAGUUCCACUGCUGCGGGAACACCGGAUACCGGGACUGGUUCCAGGUCCAGUGGAUCAGCAACCGGUACCUGGACAUGAGUAGCAGAGCUGUGGAGGACCGUCUGAGAAGUAACGUGGAGGGGAAGUUCCUGAUGGACAGCGUCCCCUUCAGCUGCUGCAGCACCUUCUCCCCUCGACCCUGCAUCCAGCAGCAAGUCAGCAACAGCUCGGCCCAUUUCAACUACGACCUGCAGAGCCAGCAGCGUAACCUGUGGAGGAGGGGCUGCCGACAGGCGCUGCUCGACCACUACACGGGCAUCAUGCAGUCCAUCGGCCUCACCGUCCUCCUCAUCUGGUUAUUUGAGGUGAUGGUUCUGACCGGAGUCCGCUACCUGCAGACGGCCAUGGAGAACGUCCUGCAGCUGGGUGAUCCUGAUUCAGAGUCGCAUGGUUGGAUUCUGGAGAACAGCCUCGCAGAAACAGCUCGGUCCAACUUCAACAUCAUCAAGAACCUGGGGAAGUGUUACCAGGCCGACGACGAUCCGAAUAUCAACGUCCCGACUGCGGCCGUCGACCAGGAAGUGCCAUCGCAGCGGAUCCCGAGGACCAGCUGACCCCGACCCGAGGGGUCACCGCAUGUCGAGGAGGAGCUGGAGAACCUGGAGUUCUAAACCUCUGAAUCGACACUGAUCCAUCAUCAGUAACAAAACUCCUUUUCUGACCUUUUAUAUUUAAAAAGAAAAACUGGAAACAAAACCACAAAGAAAUCCUCUUGUCUGCGCUGUGAUUGGCUCGUUGAACAGCUGCACUGUGACAUCACUCACCAGAGAACUGAUGGUUUCCAGCAGGGAGCUGCUGGUCCUGUGUACGGUGGCCUUAACAGGACAACUUCAGAAAUAUGAACUGACCAAAGCAAGAAUGAUGUUUUAGUGUAAAGACGUCAUUGAUAAUAUUUCUGUAACUUAUUAAUAAGUUGUCACACCUACACAUUCAAAUGUCAAACUGAUGGCGGCUCUAGACGAAAUUCACCAAAGUGUUUGCGAUCUGAGGGAUGAUGACAUCACAAGUAAAAACUGUUUAAUUCUUCUGUCUGUGAAAACUCGAGGCCUUUGUCCGGUUCUUCCAUCUCCAUCGUUUCCUUGGUUCUUCUUCUUCUUCUUCUUCUUCUUCUUCUUCUUCUUCUUGUUCGUCAAGGUCCUUUCAAACUUCUUACAGAUCUUAGGACAUAGAACACAGAUCAUAGCUAAAUCUGGUGAAACUUUUUGAUGACGACAGAAUUUCUGUUUAUGAAUCUUCAUUAAAUAAACAACCUGUUUUAAUUGUGUGUGUUUACAUAUUAUAACAUUAAUGUUAAGGUUAUGAUUGUACGGGUCAGAGUCACUGUCUCACCUGUCUCACAAUCCCUUGAUGUUUGUCUCCUCUGGUGGUUGGUUAAAGAACUGCAGCUUCACCAGCAGCCAAUCAGAGAUAGGUUGACGGCUCACAUUCUUAUGUUUCCUGUCCUCUAUUCUUCCUUCCCUCCUUCCUUCCUGUCCUUCAUCAUUGUUUCCUCACCCUCCCUCCACUGUUAAUUCAGGCACUUGUAGUGAUGUCACAGAUAGGUGGGGGCGGGGCCUGAUUUGGAUCAAUAAUCUUGUUGGUUGCCCUGGUGAUGGGCAUUAAACUAAUUUGUUUCUG